UUUGCCAUCGAAAGCAGAAUCUGCUUUGUUGUGAGCGUCGAUGCUGUGACUUUCAGCGAAGUCAGCUGCUAUUUUGCAACGUAUUGCGAGGAUUUUUUUUUUAUCGCACUCACUGGACAUUAAAUGUUGUCAACUUGUAAGCUCAGUUUGUCGUCGUUUCGCCGGGUGGCAGUCUCAGGCGACAGAAGUCUGGACCUCCUGUAUAUAAACAAAACGCAGCAAGCUGCUUCUUAAGGUGGCACGUCAAAGACAGCUGUAAAAGGGCUACAGUCGUCGGCUUCCAGUUUGUCAAGUUAGCUAACUUCGUGUUAGUAGCUUUGCCAGUGAUGGGAAUAAACGUACAGCUCUGCUAGGAGUUCAACUCCAACAGGGAACCGUGCGAACAUGAGAGAAGAGGACAAUUUGCUGGUAGGAAGCCAGUCCAUGGCAAGCGAAAGAGGGGGUGAACGUCCCUGCAGCAGCCCCCGCUUGACUGAGGAGAAAAGACUAUCCAACGAGAAGGGUGACCUGAGGCCCCCUGGUUAUUGGUCCAGGUCUUAGUUGGAGAAAUUCGGACUUUCGAUAUGGAGACGGUGGGGAAAUUUGAGUUCAGUCGGAAGGACCUGAUAGGACAUGGCGCAUUUGCUGUCGUUUUCAAAGGCAGACACCAAGAGAAACUCGACUGGGAGGUGGCAGUAAAAUGCAUAAACAAGAAGAACUUGGCCAAAUCUCAGACGCUGCUGGGGAAGGAGAUCAAAAUAUUGAAGGAACUGAAACAUGAGAACAUUGUUGCAUUACUGGACUUUCAGGAAACUGCCAGCUCAGUGUACCUGGUAAUGGAGUAUUGCAAUGGCGGAGAUCUUGCUGACUACUUACACUCCAAAGGCACACUGAGUGAGGACACUAUUCGGGUUUUCCUGCAACAAAUUGCAGGGGCCAUGAAAGUCCUGCAGACCAAAGGAAUAAUCCAUCGGGACCUCAAACCCCAGAACAUUCUGCUCUCCUACCCACCGGGCCGAAAGUCUCACUCCAACAACACCUGCAUCAAGAUUGCGGACUUUGGCUUUGCCAGAUACCUUCAGAACAACAUGAUGGCAGCUACACUUUGUGGCUCUCCCAUGUACAUGGCUCCUGAAGUUAUUAUGUCCCAGAACUAUGAUGCCAAGGCUGACUUGUGGAGUAUAGGAACCAUCGUAUUUCAGUGUCUGACUGGUAAAGCUCCUUUUCAGGCCAGCAGUCCCCAGGACCUCCGGCUGUUCUAUGAGAAAAACAAGAAUCUGAGUCCCAACAUCCCCAGAGAGACUUCUAGCCAUCUGAGGAACCUGCUGCUCGGUCUGCUGCAACGCAACCACAAGGAUCGUAUGGACUUUGAUGAGUUUUUUACCCACCCUUUCUUGGAUGCCAGCUCAUCCAUUAAAAAGUCCAUCCCUACAGUGACCAUGACCUGUUUGCCCAGUUCGGCAUCAGCCAGCUCUUGUAGCAGCUCCUCCACUUCUCACCUUGCCUCACCACCGCAGUCUUUAGCUGAGACUCAGCAUCUGCGUGCCAAAGUUCUGGCCUCUCCAACGCAAGAGGCUGCAGGUUUUCUCCUGAAGGACUCGUCUGGAGCAGGCGGCAGCAGCAAGAACUCCUCCUCUUGCGAUACAGAUGAUUUUGUCAUGGUGCCUGCUCAUUUUACAACAGGUGAACUGACUUGUGAGAGUAAAGUGCUGCAGGACAGUUUGAUGAACAGCGGCUCUCUUUUGGCUUCAGCUGGUCUGUGUAACCAAGCGAAAACACCACCGCACUCUCCUUCUUACAGUGGCUCUCCAAGUCCUGUCAGGCCCACCGAGUUCCCUGGCAGUAAUUACUGUGGUAGCUGUGGAAACCAUGUUCACUCAUUGCCUAUCCCAGUUCCCACUCAGGUCCAGAACUACCAUCGCAUGGAGCUGAACCUUCAAUCUACCAAGCAGGAUGGCUCACCACGGUUGUCGACAGCGGUGCAUCGCGGCAGCAGUGGAAGCCUGGUGGGCCAUGCUAGAGCAGGACCUUUGGCCCCAUGGCAGGGAGCGGUCCCCUCCUCCCGUAGGCUUUCACUGGGAGGGACCAGAACAUUCCAGAUUUCUCCUCAAGGCCCGCAGCACGUUGAGUCGAGGCAGACGUCUCAGCAGCAGCCACAGGCACCAGGGCUCGGCACACGGCUCCACAGUGCCCCCUGUCUGUUGGAUUGCGCGACUGGCAGCAGCAGACAGAAAAUCAAGAAGCAGCAUUCAGACCCUGUCGCUGUCCCUCCAACCGGGCUGAUGACCAUCCGGCCGCUCCACUCUUCCCCCAGACUCAGUGAGCUGAUGCAGCGUAACCCUCUCCCGACCAUCCUGGGAUCCCCGUCCAGGGCUAUCCCUCCUUUUGAAUUCCCAAAGCCGCCAAGUUCUCCAAACAUCGUGACGUUCCUGACUCAGAAGGGUUUGGUUGUUGGUUCGCCUGGCAGCAGAACUGCCCCAGGAGAGCUCAGAGACCUGGGACAACAAGCGCUGGCGCCGUCCACCCACCCAGCCUACUGCGUCCACAGAGUGAACGAUGAUGGCAGGAGCUUUGGAAGGUCACAGAGUGCCGGCCGUCUGUCUGACAUGCUGCUAAUGGCUGCGUUUGGAGCAGGACAUGCAGGAGAACGAGGCAGCACGGAGAACCUGGCCUCAGAAAAAGCCAUAGACAUAACAGCUCCUCCUGGUGGUGGCUUUGCACCUGGUUCUUGCAGCCCUGCACAGGUGGUUUUCACUGUUGGCUCUCCACCAAGUGGCAGUACCCCACCUCAGACCUCCAGACACAGGAAAUGUUCAGGCUCCUUCAGUUCAGGCAGUCCUGCAGGCUCGUUGACCAGUCGCUACCCCCAAACAGGCACCUUUCCCGAAGGCUUUGAGGCCCCGCCCAGCCCUCGCUACAGUUUCACUGAUCCUAUCACCGCUAACAUGGGAGGCGCUGUGACCUUUGAGGCCCCUGAGCUGCCUGAGGAGACGCUGAUGGAGCAAGAGCACACAGACACUGUGCAGUGCCUGCGUUUCACUUUGGAGUUUGUCCUCUGUCUGAUGGAGGUGGCUAGCACUCGCGGGGCAGUCACAGUGGGGGGACAGGGAGACGGCUCUCACCCCGCUGUCCUUCAGCAGCAGAGCCUAGUGGCAGAUCAGAUAAGCUCACUGAGCCGAGAGUGGAGUCAUGCAGAACAGUUGGUGCUCUACCUUAAAACCGCAGAACUGUUGUCUACUGCCUUACACACGGCCAUGGAGCAAGUUAAACAGGGAAAACUCUACCCCUCCUCUACUGUCAAACAAAUAGUGAGGCGGCUGAAUGAGCUGUACAAGUCCAGUGUGGCAUCUUGCCGCUCUCUCAGCACUCAUCUGGAGCAUUUCUUCUCCAGGAAGCAUCGUCUAAUGGACCAAAUCAGCUCUAUCACAGCUGAGCGUCUGCUCUUUAGCCACACAGUGCAGAUGGUUCAGGCUGCUGCGCUGGAUGAGAUGUUCCACCAGGGGGAAGCGUCAAUCCUGCGUUACCACAAAGCUCUCCUGCUAAUGGAGGGCCUGUCUCUGCUCCUCACUGAACACGAUGACAUCCUUAUUGUUAGCAAAUGCAAGGAGUGCAUUGAACGUCGCCUCACAGCUCUCCAGUCGGGUCUCUGUGUUUGACUUGAGACAAACACAGACACAUAACUCUGACACUAGUUAUGUGUCAGAGUGCAAACCCUCCAUUUGCACUCGGAACUAACCAAAUCUCCACCCACAUUUUAUGGUUUCACAUAGAAAAGCUUUCGUUUUCGCAAGAAAACCACAAAGUUUACUCAGACACUGGAGGGUUUCGCACAUGGAAGAUCUUUCAGUUUUCAGGGUUGGACUGUGACAGAAACAUCUCUACUCUGGAGGGUGGACCAGUAAUGGACAUAAGGAGGACUCUGCUGCUGAAGAUGGAAAUGCCAAGAAAAAGAUUUGCACCUAGUUACUGUUGGUAUAAUAAGAAGGAGCAGUUUUUGCCAAGUAGUCACAUUCCUUCAUGUUGUGCUUAUCUAGCAUAAGAAAACAGCUUUUUAGGAUUCAUUCUAGAUGCAGUGGGAUGAGAAGAUUAAUGCAGUAGAAGCUACACAGCUGGUGAAAUGUUCUGAUAGAGACUCCCUGUGUCUAAAUAUUCCCAUAAUGUGUUUUUGGCUUAUAUUUCUAAUUUCCUCCCAUAUUUGUUCUGUAUCUUCUCUGAUUCUUUAAUGCUUCUUGACAGAAAGUACACAUUUAUAAAGCAUAGUGAAAUUUAAUCAGCAGAAGUAUGUACAAGCACUAUUACAAAACCACAACCAAAUUACUUUCGAAAGACUUGAAGUAGAUUCAGUGUCGGCCUCUGCUGUUUUGAUUAAAAAAAACAUGAAUGAGUAAGAAUUUUCACACUGAGGUUGUGAGGGAAGUAUUUUAAUUCUGUUCAUGAAAAUUGUGACUUGCAAUAAUCGUAGAGAAAACAGGUCAGGUUAAUGCUCAAAACACCCAGUUCUAUAGAUUUAUAUACAGACGGGGCAGAAUCUGAUCCAUCUACAUUAGUCAUCACAAUCAGGUUAGCAAAAAUGUUGCAAUAAACUGGGCUGUACAGGUGCAUCUUGAUAAAUUAGAACAACAUUGAAAAGUUCAUUUAUUUCAGCAAUCCAAUUAAAAAAAUUAAAGUUAUUAAUUUCUGUUCAUUUUGAUGAUCAUUGCUUACAGCGUUUUACAUUCUUUUAAAGGUUGCUGUAACCGUUUUGCCAAAUUUUGUCCUUCCACCUAACUUUGGUUACAGCACUCUGAGAAAACAGUUUUUUGUGAUUUCUUCACCGUGUGGAGGAUGCCAAUGACUGUGUGCUGAACAACGUUUGCUUCAAUAUCAGCCUUUAUCUGUUUUGCGUCAUUGACUCUUGUGUGUCUCAUCUUCCUCUUGGCAUUACUCCACACGUUCUCUAUGUAGUUUAGGUCAGGGGAUUUUGCUUGCUAACCAAUAACACAGUCAUUAAAAAUGGACCAUGACAAUUUCUUCCUUCUACGCUGUGAGCAGCUAGCUUUAUCUUUAAAAAUCUGCUUAUUUUGCUCACACUCCAUCUGUAUGAGCAGAAUAAAUAAGUUUAUCUUAACUAAGAUAAGUGCUUGAACAAUAUCACAUUGUAUGAAUGUGUAGAAAAAAUGAGUUUAUCCAAAUUAAUUUACUGAAAUGACUUUUUAGUAACAUUCAAAUUUCUGGAGCUGCACCUAUGUUCAUCCGACACUCGUAGGCUUUCACACUCAUUGCUGGUAUUUUCUGCAAAUAAUUUCCAGACUUUUUCACGGGGAUUUUUUGCAUUUUAUCUCUCAAUCUUGUGGGUGUUCAGCGAGUCUAGUCAAACAUGAAUGUAGGGCUGUCAGGAAAGAAGCAGCAUUAAAAUCAGGCUGAAUGUUGAAGGGGGGAGGUCAACAUUUAAGCUGAUCUUAAGGGCUGAAUGUUUUUGCACUGUUGACGUACUGUAUAGAUAGAGGAGUAUGCUAAAAGUGUGCAGUUUGUGUAGCCGUGCUCAUUUAGAGACUUCUGCUUAUUCAUUUUAGUGUUGUUUUAGUUGCUUUUGCAUUUACCGUCAUAAAUUGUGUAUGUUUUUAAUGUUAAAGAGUGUUGAGAAGGAAGUUGUAUAAGCUAGUUUUCUAGAAGAGGAAAGAAAAAAAAUUCACACUGAAAAAAAUGUUGCAGUUCUUGUUUUGUGCUUUAUUUUAAUAGUUAUUGUUUGGUUUGGAUUUUUUAAGGCUUUAUGCCGUUUUCUGCUUGCUUGAUUAAUUUUAAUAGUGGCUGUUUCAGAUGUUCCCCAAAAUUUUUUUUUUUUUUUUUACUCUUCUAAAUUUGAUUGACUGAUUUAGGUUAGGUUUAAAUCCUACAUUAGUUGUUUUUUUAUGGGCUGUUUGCAUGCAAGUGUGAACUGGUAAGCCUGAUAUUUAACAAGGUAACAUCAGAGGGACACGUUAAGCGCAGAACUUGCUACAUAGAUCUGCUCUUGUGAGAAGCAGAACAUGUUACUCAGAUGUAAUUGACAUCGAAACCCACCACUACCUUAUUUUACUCAAGAUGUCAUUCCCUCUGCUGCUCAAGGCAGAAAUUGAGUCCAUAUUUUAUAUAAUGUUUGCGUGCGAUUUUGGCUCAAGAGGCUGUACUAAGACGCCUUUUUAGUUUUGCAAUCGGCAGGACAAACUGGAGAGAUAAUUUAUCUGAACAGACAUUUUCUGUGUUUACUUUGUUGCCUUUCAUGUUGUGUCCUAAGUGAUGUCUUUGUCUCUAAGUAUACAUUCCUAAUAUUAAUGAAUUAAUUCCUCCGCAGAUGCUUUGUCACUACACUUGCUGUGCUGACCUUCAAGGAAUCAGAUGACAGAAACAACUGAUGCAUGUGUCACUUUUUUACUGUUCCAUACAAUCUUUAUUCUGAUUAGUGAAAACAAUGCCCUUUGAUCAUAGCCAUCAUGUCAAUUUUAUUUCAAUUUGUUUCUUUUACAUAUUUCUAACAUACCAGGAUGUUUCCAUUUUAUGUUUUUCCCUUGACUAAUUCUGUGUUGCCUUUUAUAUGUCGUGAAUUAAGUUAUUGUAUAUUCAACUCUGGGGAGAUGAUGGGCCACCCGAACAUUCCCAAAGACUAUUGAGCUUUUUUGCUUGAUCUUCCACAUUCUCUCUCUUGCUGUUGCAAAAACAGUUUUAAUGUUUUCAUAUCCAUAAUAGACGCACUAUCUUCUGUACCCCUGCUGGUAAUGUAAUCUUUACUGUUUGGGGAGCUUCGUCAUGAUUAAAGUGAAAGGACAUUUCUUCAG